AUGGACAACACCAAAGAGUCUGAUGUCACUGCUUACGCGAAACUCCCAGAUUACCUUAACAAGCUAGUGACGUCUAAUCCUGGUUCACUUGUCGAACUCUUAACAGAACCACAUGAAAAUGGUGGCCACCGCUUCAAAUAUUUAUUUGUAGCAUUGGACGCUUCUAUCAAGGGAUACGAGUACAUGAGGAAAGUUGUGAAUGAUAUGUCAUGGGAAUGGUUCUUCACCCAGCUUUCAAAAUUUGUUACAAACCAUGAGGAUUUGGUGUUUGUAUCUGAUAGGCAUCCUUCAAUUUUUAAAGGGAUAAGCAAGGUUUAUCCCUCUGCUGGUCAUUGCAUUUGUAUUGUCCACCUGAAGAGAAACAUCCGCUCAAACUUUAAGGGACGACAUCUCGAUUACUUGGUGGCAAAAGCCGCUAGAAGCUUCAGACUUCAAGAUUUUUACGCAACGUUCAACGAGAUUAUGGGUAUUGAUCACAAAUGUGCAGAGUAUCUGCUCGAGAUUGGGCUUGAACAUUGGGCGAGAGCACAAUUUCCCGGAAAACGCUAUAAUGUGAUGACAAGCAAUCUUGCAGAGUCUUGGAAUGGAGUUUUGCGUGAGGCUAGAGAACUACCAGUCAUACGAUUGGUCGAGUUCAUUCAUAGUUAG